CGACCACCGGCAGGGACCGGGCGGAGAGCGGCCUCGGGGGCAGAAACCCCGGGAGGCAAAUACCCCCGGGAGAUAUUUCCCCCCGCCCCAGACGGAGUGCGCUGCCCAGAGUGAGACGAGGAUUCACGGUCCGAGGACAACGCCCCCCCAGGUCGCCUGGGAGACCCCGGAGCGACCCCGGGGGUGGCACAGGUCGAAUGCGGGCCAGGGCGACCUCUCCUAGGUCGGGGGCGAUGGGGACAGGAGUCCCGCAGAGCCUCCUCCUUCUCCUCUUCCUCCCGACGCUGCCGCCACGCGGGGCCUCCGCGGGGAGCCUGCACAGCCCAGGCCUGUCCGAGUGCUUCCAGGUGAAUGGCGCGGACUACCGCGGCCACCAGAACCGCACGGGCCCGCGCGGCGCGGGGCGCCCUUGCCUCUUCUGGGACCAGACGCAGCAGCACAGCUACAGCAGCGCCAGGGACCCCCAGGGUCGCUGGGGGCUGGGAGCGCACAACUUCUGUCGGAACCCGGACGGCGAUGUGCAGCCGUGGUGCUAUGUGGCCGAGACAGAGGAGGGCAUCUAUUGGCGCUACUGCGACAUUCCCACGUGCCACAUGCCCGGGUACCUGGGCUGCUUCGUGGACUCGGGAGCACCCCCAGCCCUCAGCGGCCCCAGCGGCACCUCAACGAAGCUCACGGUCCAGGUGUGCCUUCGCUUCUGCCGCAUGAAGGGCUACCAGCUGGCGGGCGUGGAAGCCGGCUACGCCUGCUUUUGUGGCUCUGAAAGCGACUUGGCUCGAGGUCGCCCGGCCCCGGCCACCGACUGUGACCAGAUCUGCUUCGGCCACCCGGGCCAGCUGUGCGGCGGCGAUGGGCGCCUGGGAGUCUACGAAGUGUCCGUGGGCUCCUGUCAGGGGAACUGGACCGCACCUCAGGGCGUCAUCUACUCCCCGGACUUCCCGGAUGAGUACGGGCCGGACCAGAACUGCAGCUGGGCGCUUGGCCCUCCGGGCGCCGCUCUGGAGCUCACCUUCCGCCUCUUCGAGCUGGCUGACCCGCGCGACCGGCUGGAGCUGCGCGACGCGGCCUCGGUUCUCACCUUCCGCAGCGACGCGCGCGGCCACGCGCAGGGCUUCGCGCUCACCUACCGCGGUGUGCAGGACGCUGAGGAGAACCCCGUGCUCCCCAAGGGCUCGGCCCAGACCCCUGCAGCGCUCCCCGACGGGACCAAUGUGAGCUGCAGCCCCCGGCCUGGGGCUCCGGAGGCUGCAGUGGGGGCCCGGGUCUUCUCGACAAUGAUGGCCGUCUCGGUGCUGCUGCUGCUGCUGCUGCUGCUGUUGCUGCUGCUGUCGCUGCUGCGCCUGCUGCGCCAACGGAGCUGUCUGCUGGCUCCAGGAAAAGGGCCCCUGCCGUUGAGGCCUUCCCAGGGCUCUGGGAGAAGCUGGGCCGUGUGGUACCGCCGUCCGGGAGGAGUGGCACUGCCCUGCCCCCCCGGGGACCCCCAGGCUGAGGGUCUAGCCUCGACUUACCGCCCCUUGAGUGCCUCCAGCCAGAGUUCCCUGCGUUCGCUCAUCUCUGCUCUCUGACUCAGGACCCCCAGGGUCCACUGAAUCUUCCAACAGUGGGAUGGACACCUGAGACGCUAUGCCGCACUCUACCUUGGCCUUCCACUUUUGAAAGGGCAGUUCUGCCCCUGCUCAUCUCUCAGAGGCAAGAUGUCCUACAGGAAGCAUCUGGUACUAUUAUUGGGAACUUGUUCUGACUCUAGGUGUCCAGAUGGUUGAGGCCAAAUGGCAAGAGGAAUCAGCUCCCCUCCUCAUAGACCUUGAUAGGGAGGUCUCUGGUUUCAGGAUUCCCUUCUUGGGGUGGUCCUGGACUGCUGCCCUAAGUGAAAUGUGAGAGGUUAACAAAUGUGGUCAAAAGACCAGACAGAGACUUUGAAUAAAGGACCUAUUUUGGUAUAGUGCUCUGCAAAUUCUUUUUUUUUCUUUCUUAAA